GAGACGCACAAAAAGGUUACAUGGGCCAUGCCAACAAAUAGUCUCAGACACUCAAUCGCAUUUGCAUCAAUCCUGCACGCAAUCGAAGUUUUAUACUUUUUUCUACUUCCUCGAGUGGAAUGAAGUCUCUUCACUUCCUUUUGCUCUUUGCCUUGGUUGAAACUUCCCCUAUUCCUGAAUUAACAUCGCCGCUCCUUCCCAAAUCUUGCCUGGAUUAUUUACAACAAGGGAUGACUCAGAAUGGUUUCUAUGUCUUAGUUGAUAACCAAGGCCAUCCAUACAUGACUUACUGUGAUCUGUCAUACGAGCCGGGCUCCGCGUGGACCCUAGUAAUGUCUUGGCAGACUGCGAAAUUCCGGGAUUUGCCUUAUUUCAAAACCAAACUGUUCACAGAAGAUGCUCCAAUCAACGCAGGUAGUCCAAACUGGUUUAUUUACCGCGAGACACUUGCAAGAAUGAAAUCCAUCCGUAGUCAAUCCACGCACUGGCGAGCAACGUGCAAUAUCAACAACCUAGAAGCGAUCGAUUACGAAGAUUACCUUCGGGGAAAGCUCAAAGACUUGGAUAUCUUAACGUGGCAGGGUGGGCGAACUUGUUUUUCCAUAGACUAUGUGAACAUUCGCGGAAAAGCUGCGGGCACUGGCACUACCAUGGCAUUCUGGCAGGUUCCUAAUAAGUAUAUUCUCCACACAGACAGCACAAAUACCGGAUGUGAAUUUUAUUAUGAAGCGAAUCCAAUUGUGGACUUUUUCGGUUUCUACGGAGAUGGACUUAGCCCUAAAUUCCGCUGCAGUGCAGAGCCUGAGGCCACUACUCAAUGGUGGUUUGGUGGUUAUCUCUCAAAAGAGCCAUUUUUUCAAAACAGUUCUCAACCAGUAGGCGCAUAAAAAAAAAAGAGUUUAAUCCAGUUAAACGUCAUAAGAUCCGAUAGCGAAUUCUUUCUUUCGGCUUCCAUACAUUUGAUUAGUAACAAAUUAGUAGAAUAUGGUGUAAUAUUCCGAGAACACCAUUUAGCAGAUGAGUUUGUCGUUUCUCGUGAUCUAUUAUAUGCGCUAAACUGCGAGCAUUUCCUCCUUUUCGGCGAAGUCCGUCGGGGGAGUAAAAAAACCAAUGCAAAAAA